AUGUCGGGGCAUGGCAUUCCACUGAAUAACCUCAAGGCAUGCUUCCAGUUCUUGGAAUGGUUCAAAGGAGACACAGCUAUGCAAGGCAAGGUGGCCGUAGAGCUGGCCACCCGUAUGAGUCCUUAUUAUAGCACUACUACCCUAGGGUCGCAAUUGCCUGCCCCCUUUUCCGCAUUCCUCAAAAACGUAUCGACGUUCUAUAAUAAAUUAGUCACUCAUGCAAGUGCGGGAGAUUAUGGAUCUAAGAGCGCGAAAAAUGUCAUUGAUGCGAUUUUUGAGUGUAUGCCCAAGUUACUAGCUGCACUGUAUUUCUUAUGGUACAAUGUGGAUUAUAAGUUCGAAGCAGUGGGAGGAGGGAAGUGGAGGUACUUGUAUGUUGGGUGGGAGAGUACGCGGCGUACUUGGUGGGGUACAUACCCCGCGUCUGGAGGUGCCCUGCAGAAAUAUCUCAGAAGUUUAGGAUCGGCUGAUAUCGACGUUAUUCCCGGGGGCUUCGGUCACGAUGAAGUAACAUGCGGUUAUGAUUAUCCUAACUAUGGAUAUAAGUUUGGCGAAAAUAUGAUUUCAGAGCUUGAAAAGAUUUUGAAGAAGGCGAGAGGUGUGCAAAACGAUUUUCGCGACACGUUCUUGAUUUCAGUGUUGUCUGGUGCCGGUACUCACCAGGUUAACACCGCGAAUGUGCUUCGCUUGGUGAGAACGUUCUGCCAGGUUGUGGUUGACGAUAAAUAUGAACUCGAUGGCGGUGAGCUGAAAAAUGCAUUAGAAAAGGGAUUAAAACCGCCGAAAAGUUGUAUCAAUUGGGGGGAAUUGAAAGAACAUUGUUCAAAGCUGUAUAACAAAUUUAACACUUUUUUUAAGGAUGAUGCCUUCUCCUACACUGGACAGGCGCCGUCUGUUACAUCAGUUAACCAGUCAAAUUUUGCAAUCAGAACGGCGCAGUGGUUCAGAGAUAAUUUGCAAACAGUGCGGAGUAAUGUUAAGCAAAUCAGUAUACACUACCCAAAAGAUCGCAGCACUUGGUUGACCCAUCUUCAGCCAUUUGCAAACAAAUACAUAUUCCCUUGCGGUUUCACAUUUGGCAACACAGGCUACGGAACGUUUGGAAGCGCAUGGGAAACUUUGCCACCUAAGUGGAGGAGCGUGCUUGAAAUGCUCGUUAGUAAUGAUGGCGGUUUGGCAAAGCUCAAACAACUUUUAGAUGGCGAGCCGUGUUCCCCAGCUCCGCGUCCUCCCCAUCCCCCUCCCAUAACCUCACCCCAGGCCUCCAGUUCUCACGUUCCAAGCACAUCCGUCGAUCAAGGUUCCGGAGGGCAACAAAAGCAGGUGUAUCAUAUGGUCCUGACUGGUAGAGCAGGAGAAAAUGCAAGAGGCGCAGGCCCAUCUGUUGCUGCAAGCAGUCAUCCCCGUCAAGUUCAAAGUUCUCAACAGCCCGGUCCACCCGGAGUUGGGAGACCGUCAGGGCCUCCUGGGCCACAACCAUCGCCUGUCGCUAAAACUCCAGUUUCCGAACCUGUCUCAACCCAAACUGACGCAAAUGCAAAUCAUAAUAAUGGCCAGAGUGAAAUAAAGUCUGAAAUAGCACCGGAUGCAGCGUCUUCCGCCUCAGCACUAGAUGGCGGUGCUAAAGGAGAUGCGGCCCCGGCAGGACCUAAGGGAGAACCACGAGCACCAGGGCCUAAUGGUCCAGGGAGUCGGGGCCCCACUCAAAAUGCAGACACUCGAGCUUCACCAGCAAAACCAAUUGAUCAGCGAACACGUCAAGUCACACAAGGGACUUCACUUGCACCGUCUUUGCCCAGUAUUCCUGAACCCACUGCGCACCCUGGUCCGGCAGGUGAUUCGGAUCAAAGUUCACCACACAGUGUUCCUCAAAGUCCACAGACUGUCUUGUCUACAAAUCCUAAAUCCACUCAGCCUUCAAAUGUUCAAAGUCCAGACUCUUCGUCACCUGGUGAUCGAGGUACCGGUAGUGGUCGGAAACCGGCUGAUAAGGCGGGUUCUUCUGUCGCUGGUCAAACAAGUGAUAAAGGUCGGCAGUCAGGUGGAGACACUGAUACUACUACGUCCUCUGCCCCAGAUCCUGGUUCUAAUGGCGGUGCAGCUGGAGUAGGGAGUGGUGGACCAAAGAAAGAGCCUGGGAAUCCUAAAAAGGAUCUAGAUGCAGAGCGUAAAAAGCGUUGGAAUGCUUAUGGGCUAGAACAACAAGCAAAACGGACAAUCGAUGAGGAAAAAAUGAAAAGCCUAAUACAAUCAGUGAAUUCGAAUCUACAUACAAUAAGGCAAGGUGUACAGGAGGAAGCAUUACGGAAAGCAGUUCAAGAAAAUAUGCUUCGAAAAACAAGAAUUCGACAGAACGCUGAUCCUAAUAAGGUGAAUGCUAGUACGUGUUCUAAUUACUCGUCUAUGCACAUUGGCAGGUCAAUCUGUCAUACAAAUUCUACGAUGCCAAUGCCAACCACAACAUCCAGCCACUACCUGACGCCUGAUGUGUUGGAAAAAAUUAAAAUAGCGGAAGAACAAGAGCGUACGAAACAGGACGAACAACGCAAACGUCAGGAGACCAAUGACCGACAUCUUCGAGCAUUGCACCAGGGAAUUGAAAUUGAAACUGAAAUUCUAAAGCAACAUGCCGAACAGCCUACGUACCCCCAUGCUGAUCGACUGAUUUCUGAGAUGAAUGAAAGGAACACAAAACGCGAUGCACUCGGUACAGUUAUACCAAUUCAUCCGGGUAUGGAGGCAGUGAAACUUGAUGGAAAGGCAACGCCUAGCUCCAAAGGAAUUCCUAGAUCUACGUUUCCUCCCAUAUCUAGCAAUAUUGACGUCCCGAUUGGCUACUCCAUGAAACAUAAGGCGCCUCAGUGGCACGAUCCGCCGCCGCCAAGCAAACCUAUACUUCAGAUGUUCCGUGCAAUUCCUCAGGGUAUUGUGUUAAAUGAUAAUCAUCAGCAUCGUAAAAGCGCGUCUGGAUCACGCACAACUGUAGAAGCUCCGUUACUGUCUCAAGCACUCGAAAUUGAUCCUUCCGAAAUAGUUUUGAAUGUCAGUGGUGAAGCACUGAAAAACAGCACCAAUGAUGAUACCGACUUGUUCCCGGCACCCUUGACACUGGAUGCAACCCCGGUGCCUGAUCAUAUGCAAUAUAAGCGUUCCGUUGACAUAUACGAGCCCGCUGUUGUUAAACAUGAUGUGCCACUAACGGACAUCCUACCAAAAAAGCGCCCGCCGCCCGUGCCGGCGGUACCGAAAAACCCUUUUCAUACGCGCACGCCGUUUUACUCAGAGCUCCACAAACCUCCUGACUCAAUCACUCUAUUUCCCGGCGACCCUCCAUCGGUCACCCAAGACGAUAUGGCUUGUACACCACCUUGGAUGUUAUCGCAAAGGGGUGUUUCAAAACCCGGGCGCGCUGAUGAGAUGCCACACAUGCCAAAUGAUUCACAUUCACGUUUUCUGCAUACUGACGUUCUGCCCAGAACAGUGCGUGAGAUGCUAUACUGGCUGGCAGGGCUCCGGCACUCCGCAGUCUACGACACAUUGGAAAAAUAUAUUUCAGAUCUGGUAGGGAAUUAUGCCAAACAAACAAAAUCAUUGUCCAGUGAUAUUGAAACUAUGGAGUUGGCUGCGGUUCCAAAAUGCAUAGUUGGUAAUGAAGUUACUCAGGCCCUGAGGCUCAGCUGUCAGUACAGUAUUAUUGUGCUUAUGGGCAUUCAAGGUUUCCAUGAUCCGCAUACUGCGUACAAAAAUGACAAUUACAGUAAAGCGCCUCAAUAUGAAUAUUCCACCGACCCUGCCUGCCUCCUCUGCCAGCUGCGUGACUACGUCUACGCCUGCCACCACCAGUUGCAGUUCCUGAAGGCGCAGUGUAAGAGAGGCAAGUCACAUGGUGGUUGGCAAGAUUGUAAGUACGGCAGUGACAUCACUGCUUCCAACUCCCCCCUCCAGGCGUUCCUGACUGACGGCUGGGACUCCACCUUCGAGACUCACCUCUUCGACCCUUGCAACCUGUGCCUCAAGAGCCGCAUCAGGAUGGGAUUCAAGAGAGGUGAUUUGCCUGAGAAAUCGGAAAAUGGCAUCACCCUUUCCAAUAUACUCACUCCCAGUUGCGGCGGUAGUGACCCCCUGCUGACACUGUCGUCUUACCUCAACUGCAUCACCAGGCGGACGCCGCGCACCACCGGGGAGCUUGUGUCGUACUUCCACCAUUUUGGUAAUUCACUUCAUGAUGCGUUUGAUGGAAGAUUGCUUCAACUGGGCACAGCACUCUUCACUCCACAUGCCGACUGCCCCGACUGGGACCACCUUGGUCUCCCCGACCUUGAAGCCGUCAAAGGCAUCGGGGGUCAUGAGUCUCUAUUCACCAUACAAGGCUCCAAGCAUGACCAUCCCCGCACUCUGUCCACACUGGUUGGUUGCGGCAGUGACUCUUCCAACUGCCCUCAACACUGCUCGCCCAUCACGUACCGGGCCUACGCCCUGUACUCCCAGAGCUUCGCCCACACCUACCUUAGCUGGACUGUUUACCUGCCGGAAAGGCUGCGGGAGUCACUUCAAAAAUUGCACUAUGAUUUGCAAAAACAUCUUGGCAGCGGCAAGUGUUCAUCGCUCCACUCAUGUUCCACUGCCCUGCCCCUCCUCUACACUCACGGCUUCACGCCGCCGGAGGUGGGAUCGCCGCCGCCACUCCAAUGUUCAGAUGUUAUCGCCAAGCUGCAGGACAUUGUUAACGGCAAUCCUAUCGCAACCCUCAUGACCUCCAUGGACGACUUCCUCUACAGAGUCCGGGAGCCAUUCAUCUUCACUAUCGUCGCACUCUGGUCUCUCGCAUUCCUCAUCUUCGCCAACACAAUGCUGUACCGCUUGGACGUGCUGCGCAUACGAUCUCACCUCACGCGCUCCAGUAGGUCUCACGUCAUCGAUGUCAAGGCGUUACUCACGGACGGCACGAAAAUGCCCUCGCUCUACGACAUCGACUACUUUGACGAAGACGUACUUAGUCAAUUUGUUGUUCAAUAA